AUGAUCGAGAUGGCGGCGGAGAAGGAGCCGUUUCUGGUGCCGGCCCCGCCGCCGCCGCCGCUCAAAGAUGAGUCGGGCGGAGGGGGCGGCCCCACGGUGCAACCGCACCGAGAGGCCGCCUCCGGGGAGCUCUGCGGCGGGACGCAGCGUGGGCCGGGCCCGCGCGCUCAUUCGGCGGGGGCCCCGGCUUCUGGGGCUGGCAAGGAGAGUCCUGGGGCUACAUCCACUCGGGGAGGCCAGUCGCAGCAGCAUCGAGGGGACAGCCCCCAGGCGCAGUCGCACGGGGAGGCCCGCUUGUCCGAUCCCCACGGGCGAGCUGCUCCCCCUGACGUCGGGGAGGAGCGACGGGGAGGGGGCGGAACAGAACUGGGUCCCCCUGCCCCUCCUCGGCCCCGUAAUGGCUAUCAGCCCCACCGGCCCCCUGGGGGAGGUGGGGGCAAAAGGAGAAAUAGUUGUAAUGUAGGAGGGGGUGGUGGAGGCUUCAAACAUCCAGCCUUCAAGAGGCGCAGGCGGGUUAAUUCGGACUGUGAUUCUGUGUUACCCUCCAACUUUCUCCUGGGAGGCAAUAUCUUUGAUCCACUGAACCUGAAUAGUCUCCUGGAUGAGGAAGUGAGCCGCGCACUCAAUGCAGAGACCCCUAAGUCAUCUCCACUUCCGGCCAAGGGGCGAGAUCCAGUGGAGAUCCUCAUCCCCAAAGAUAUUACUGACCCGCUCAGUCUCAAUACUUGCACUGAUGAGGCCCAGGUAGUGCUUGCAUCGCCACUCAAGACUGGUCGGAAGCGGCAUAGACACCGGGGACAGCACCACCAGCAGCAGCAGGCAUCUGGAGGGAAUGAUAGCCACUCUGUACUUCCCACAGCCCCCCUCACUCCCUCACUCCAUGGGGAGGGCGCCACGCAGCAGCAGCGGCAUAGGGGCCAGAACCGGGAUGCCCCCCAGCCCUAUGAACUCAACACAGCCAUCAACUGCAGGGAUGAGGUCGUGUCUCCCCUUCCAUCUGCCCUACAGGGUCCCUCAGGCUCCCUUUCAGCCCCUCCAGCUGCCUCACUUACCUCUGCACCCCCGUCUUCCUCCUCACGACAUCGCAAACGUCGCAGGACUUCCAGCAAGUCAGAGGCAGGGGCCAGGGGUGGAGGCCAGGUUCCCAAGGAAAAGGGCCGGGGGAGUGGGGGAGGCCGCCACCACCACCACCUCUACCCACUACCUGCAGCAAUCUUCAAAAAGCAACAGUGCAAGUUCCAGUAUGGGAAUUAUUGCAAGUACUAUGGUUACCGCAAUCCUUCCUGUGAGGAUGGGCGCCUGCGAGUGUUGAAGCCUGAGUGGUUUCGGGGUCGGGACGUCCUAGAUCUGGGCUGCAAUGUGGGCCACCUGACCCUGAGCAUUGCCUGUAAGUGGGGCCCAUCCCUCAUGGUGGGCCUGGAUAUCGAUUCCCGGCUCAUCCACUCUGCCCGCCAAAACAUCCGACACUACCUGUCAGAGGAGCUGCGUCUGCCACCCCAGACUUCUGAGGGGGACCCAGGGUCAGAGAGUGAGGAAGGGACCACAACCGUCCGAAAGAGAAGCUGCUUCCCAGCCUCACUGACAGCUAGCCGGGGUCCCAUUGCUGCACCCCAAGUGCCCUUGGAUGGAGCAGACACAUCAGUCUUCCCCAACAAUGUUGUCUUCGUCACGAAUGAAGGUGCAUGA